AUGACGGACAACAAGAGUUCUUUCCAUCCGGCUCUUGCGGUUUUCAAUGUACAGAACCAUAUCUCCAUCACUCUUGAAAUAGAGAAUGUCCAAUUCUCUACAUGGGCAGAGCUUUUUAAAAUUACCACACGUUCUCAUAAGAUCCUUCAUCACAUUAUUCCUCCUGUCAAUGGCAAAGAGAAGGUACAUGCGAUUGAGGAUGAAAAGGAAUUAUGGUCGACUCUUGAUGCUACGGUUCUUUCUUGGCUUUAUACAACCAUCUCCAAUGACUUGUUGCAUACAAUUAUUGAACCCGAUGCCAUGACCAUGGAUGCUUGGAAUAGGUUGAGAGAUAUUUUUCAAGACAACAAACAUUCUCGUAUGGUAACUCUUGAGGACGAAUUCUCCAAUACUAAGAUGGAGAAUUUUCCAAAUGCUUCGGCAUAUCGUCAUCGUCUCAAGUCCCUUGCUGAUCAGUUGAAAAAUGUUGGAGCACUAGUGUUGGAGAGCCGCCUCGUCAUUCAACUUGUUUUGGGUCUCACAAGUGCAUAUCGAGGUGUAGGGACGUUAAUUCGGCAGAGUGAUCCUCUACCUCCGUUUUAUCAGGCUCGAUUGAUGCUCACACUUGAGGAAGUCGGAUUGGCAAGGGAGGUUGCCACGGGUUCGGAGUUGGCAAUGGUAGCUGCCUCACAAUCCGUUUAUGACUCAAAUUCCUCACAUUGGACCAGUAGCAUCAUGGGAAGUAGUACCGUGUGA